AUGACCGUACAAUUCGACGGGAUUCAAAGAAGCCUUUCAGAAGACUCAAUAGGUGCCGAUUCAGUCACAUCGUCGGGCGGCCAACGGCCCAAAUCGCCCGGUGGGCGUCUGGGAUCGUUUUUUGGUUGGAAAGGAGCUCCACAAAAGGGCGAGUCUGACCAUUCUCCUACGACAACCUUUUCCGACCGAUCACUAUCACCUAUGCCCUCACCACGAUUAAUGAAAGCAUCACCCAUGGACGGACACACUGCCCCAGCGCGGCUCACGCCGCCAGGCUUAGACAUUCAAAAGGCAAACUCGGCCGGCCAAUAUUUCGACAACCCCGAAACGCCAUUACUGCUUGGUGACCAGGGCACCAGCAUUCAUGUGAAAGAGCUGGAGCGUGAGUUGUCCCAUAUAAGCCAGGAAUUGGCCAUGUCAAUACGGCGGGAAAUGGAGCUGGAAGAUGAACUGGAGCGCUUGCGUUCCGAGUAUCCCACGGCGCCCCCUUCAGAAUUAGGUCGUCGAAACAGCGACUACUUCUCAGAUAGCGGUGCUAGUUCCACACGAUUUCCCAUCACAGAUGUCGAUGCCAAGGUCGAACAACUGGAAGGCCAGCUGCGGAGAAUUGAGCAAGACAAGGCUAACCUGCAGAUGGAUGUCGCAUCACGGAUUCAGACGGAGCUCGGUCGACGGAGAGACCUCGAAGAAUUGGUGCGACAUCUCGAGGACCAGCUCGAGAAGCGUUCAGCAGAAGGCGAUGAAAGCAGCAGGGUCGAACAACUCGAGACUUCCCUGGACGAGACCCGGAAACGCCUCGGCCAGGAGAAGGAGUCGAAACAAAGCUUCGAGGAGCUGUACAUCGCGACCCGAGAAGAACUCGAGCACUACCGUAACGAGCGCGACAAUCUCAGAGACGAGGUUGUUCCGCAACUCCGAGCUCGAAUCGAAGGCCUCGAGGCACAGGCUGCGGAUACUCAAGCUCUCAUGUACGAGAACACCCGCAUCCAGCAGGAGCACGGCGUGAGUCGAGGUUUGGGCCAUGCUCGUAUGGGCAGCGUCGCGGACAGCUUCGACGAGGAUGGCGAUCGCAUCUCGGCUUUGGGUGGCGCACGAACAAGCGCGUCACGCGCAAGCUCUCUGGUGAAGGGUUCUGGCCUUCGCCGCGGAAAUUCGGUCAAGGAGCGUUCAGAAGGCACACGGCAGCGCUCCGGAUCGGGAUCUGCGCAGAAUGGCGAUGCUUUCAAGGAGAUCGAAGAUCAGCGCGAUGCUCUUCACAAGGCACUGCAGCUAUUGAUCCGACGAUACGAUCGCUCGCAACGCGAACACGCCCGUGCUAUCAAGAAGAUCAGCGUCGCUAACAGUGCCCCUGAUUUUACUAUGGCAUCACGGAAAUCUCCCUUCUCCAAAGAGGUGGCUUUCCUCAAGGAGGAAGUUACUACCCUGCGCAAGCGGACCGAAGACGCGUUGGAACAAAAAUGGCAGUACGAGAAAGGUCUUUCUGGAUUGAAGAUGGAUCUUGACCGUGCCGAGCAAGAGACCCGCGGCCUUCGUAUUCUCCUGCAAGACAAUGAUGCAGGAUCCUCCGGCUUCAACUUCUCCUCGGGCAGCGAUGAUGGUGAGGCAGAUAACGCCGACGCCAAGCUGAAGCUCAGCAUCUCCACCGCCGAGCAAGAGCGAGACCAGGUCCGACAAGUCGCGCAAGAAUACCGCCAACGCGCCUCCCAGACCGCAGGGGAUGCGGCCGCGCAACUCCUCGAGUCCGCCAAGCGCAUGGACGACCUCGCCGACCAGCUCGAGAACCAAGUCCAAUCCCACAUCCAGCUCCGCGACCGCCUCUCCCAAGCCGUCGCCAAGGGCGAGCGCGAACAGCGCGAAUCCACCCGCCAGAUCGAGGACAUGCAGAAGCGCCUCGCCGGCAUGGAAGACAGCGUCCUCGCCGCGCAGCAACACUCCGAGAACACCCUCGCCGACCACGACGCCGAGGUCCGCCGUAUCGAAGACGCCACCUCCCCGCGCCUCCAGCGACUCAACCUCGACCUCCUUCUCCCGCCCAGCGCCGGCACCCACAAGAAACUCAGCGUCGCCAGCCCCAGCGUCGGCUCCUCCUCCCCGCUCAUGCUCAAGAAGAGCCCCAAGCUCGGCGCCAAGCUCAGCGACGCCAGCCUGCUCGAGGCCAGCCGCACCCAGAUGCUGGAGCGCAAGGUCAAGGAGCUCGAGGGUCUGCUCAAGGAGGCCGAGGAUGACAUGCAGAUGGUCGUCCAGCGCGUCAACCGCAGCCAGCUCGAGGUCAACGAGCUCCAGAUGGAGCGCGACAGCACUUUCGCGCAGAUGCGGAAGUUGCAGGCGCUCGUCGUCGCGGAGAGGGAGAGGGCCGAGAGCUUGAUGCGGUAG